UUCUGAUUGGUGCUCUUUGUUGCCUGCAGGCGUUCCUCCGCCGUCGUUCUCGGUGGCGCCCCCACCGCCACCGCCCAGCAGUCAAGCGGUGCAGUACCCAUGGAUGACAAGCACAGCUGGAGGUACCUCGCAGGCGCCACCUAUCUCCUCACCGUGGAACCAGGGAUACAGCGGCGCGAGCGGGAUUCCGCCGUGGCAGGGAUCGGGCAUGAUGGGCGUGCCCCCGCCCGUCCCCCCGCCGAUGGGUGUUGCCCCGCCCCCACCGCCGCCCACCAGCGGCGGCGCCGCCCCCCAGGUCAACGCGUUUGACUUCAGCGCCCUCGCGGCAGUUGGGCUGCCAAGCCUGCUUGCGCCGCCACCUCCCCCACCAAGUUAGGCGUCCGCUGCAUUGGUCGCGCCGGUCGGAGGGAGAGAGGGAGCGCCGAAAAUCGUGGAGUUAAGCCCGGCGCACGCGUGAGUAAUUUUACUCAAGUAA